UUGUACAGGUCCAGCAUGUACUGGGGCGGCUGCUGCUGGCGCCCGUGGACGGCGGGCGGGUCCUCCAUGCCGAACACCUCCAGCAGCCUCUUGAUGGCGGCCGAGCGGACCUCGCGGGAGCCGCCGCCGAAAGGCUCCUCCAGAAACCAACCUUGAGUCUUUCCUCCUUGACCCCGUCGCCAUGGUGGAGGAUUUCAUAGUAGUACUCCACGUAGGACCCCCGGUAGCAGCUCUCCUUCAGCUCGCAGGCCGACACCGUCUGGAUGACGUCCACUUUGUUGGGGGUUUCCACCAAGGCUGAGUCGAACUUGUGUCUCUUCCAGGCUUCCAGCAGCACCUUCACGUCUUUGUGGAAGCUUGUGCAAAGCCUGUCUGCUGCGUGUCUGCAGGGGAGGAGCCAGCCUGGACCUUACAAGCAUCUGCGCAAAUUUGUGAUCGUCGUCAUGUAUUUGAACAACAAGAACACUGCGGGCGCCAACACAGAGCGAACAAAGAAGAAAGCAAAAACAAGGGCUCAGCCGUGUUCGGAGAAGAUCUUGAAACGAGUAUCCCGAAAAAAUAUGAAAAAGUUGGAGAGUAGCGGCGAGGAACAGGAUGCGAUGCAGCACACGGCCUUCGGGAAGGCCUUCUACGACCUGAGCCACUCCGAGAGGGUGAUGGACGACCUCACCUUCGGACGCCGCGUGGGACUCUACGAGCUCAGAGGAGAGAUCGGCUCUGGGAACUUCUCCCAUGUACGACUGGGGAUACAUGACCUGACCAAAGAGAGAGUGGCGGUCAAAGUCCUGGACAAAGUGCGUCUGGACAAGCGGUCGCAGUCGCUCUUCGCCUCGGAGAUCUCCUGCAUGGAGAAGCUGGCUCACCCCAACAUCGUGCGACUCUACGAGGUGGUGGAGACCCUCAAGAGGCUCUACUUGGUGAUGGAGUACGCCGGCGGAGGGGAACUGUUCUCCCUUAUCAGCACCAGGGGACGCCUUUCCAACUUGCAGAGCAAGCUUGUGUUUGCUCAGGUGCUGUCAGCAGUGAAGCACAUGCAUGACAGCAACUUGGUCCACAGGGACUUGAAGGCCGAGAACGUCUUCUUCACCAGCAGCUGCUGCAUCAAAGUGGGCGACUUCGGCUUCAGCACCUCCUGCCGCCCCGACGACGUCCUCCAAACUUUCUGCGGCUCCCCGCCGUACGCCGCACCGGAACUUUUCAAGGAGUCGGGCUACCUGGGCGGGUAUGUGGACAUGUGGGCGCUGGGCGUCCUGCUGUACUUCAUGGCCACCGCCACCAUGCCGUUCAGAGCCGCCAACACGGGCCGGCUGAGGCGUUGCAUCCUGCAGGGCACCUACAGCAUCCCGCCGUACGUCCCCGACCCCUGCAAAGAGGUCAUCAGGGGGCUGCUGAGACCCGUCCCCGCGGACCGCCUAACCACCGCCAAGAUCGUAGCCAGCGAUUGGAUGCGAGGCGUCGAAUACCCGCAACCUUACGCAACCUGUCGCCCCACGCCCUCCCACCUGGCCGCGCCCGCCUGCCUCCUCGGUGCGGACGAUUUAAACCUUAAGGCGGCGCUGAAGGAUCUGGGCAUUGGCGAGCUCCACCUCCUGGACCACGCCGUGGACCUGAGGAGCCCCGUGACCGGUGCCUACCGCAUCUUGCUGCACCGCGCCCAGAGGAGGAGGUCGGUGGAGGCGGUGGGCUACAACUACGCGUGCACAAAGGAGGCCCGGAGUCGACUCAAAUGGAUGGACGAGCGGCGCUCGGUGCAGCGUCCGAGGCCAUGAGGGAGAGCGCUGAUAAGAGCGAUAAAGGAG